AUGAUGACGAAGCAGGUGACAGAAUCUAGUGAAGGUAAAUCGUGUAGGCUGUAUCAGAAAUUGUAUCGGCGACACCGCUUUUCGAUUGUGACAGAGGCCGCCGCAAACACAGAUGCCUUCGCCUCUGGUAUGAACUCGAAGGGUAAGGUUGACCCUGGAGAUGGAAUCGACCAAGAACAAGUGACCUUAGUGAUUCAGGAGCGAUCGCCGGUGAAGGAGGGCGUCCCUCUCCUUCUCUAA